AUGGCGGAUGUCGUAAAAGAGCAUCCUAUCCUAUCCGCCAUCCCCAUAAACGAAGCGACACCGGAGGCGUACUUUGCGAGAUUAGAGGUCAUCGAUCUGACGAACUGCGUGUUUUGGAAGACACGUGUAGGGGGUGCUACGCGUGGGGAAGAGGAUGGGGAGUUGGAUGGGAUUCUUGAGGGUCAGCAUAAUAUCGAUUUUAAAUCUGAUUAUGGGGAUGUACCCUUCUGGCGUCUGGUUAUACUGCGAGAUGCUGGAACGGAACUCAGCUUCACCGCGUCGUUCAUCUUCCACCAUAGUCUCGGCGACGGCGCGACAGGUUCGAUCUUCCACACAUCCUUUCUGCAGGGUCUGAACACCGCUAUCUCUCUCCCCUCUCUCGACACCCACAACUACACAUGCAUACCCGUUGACCCCAACAUCCAACUUCUCUCACCCCUAGAGCACCUCCACCCUCUCCCGAUCAACCCUACUCCCCGCUCCCACCGCGCAGACAGCAGCUCCUCGCUAAAAGAAUGGUUCGGAAAACCUAUCCACACUCCCCUGUCGACGCAUUACAAAACACUCUACUUCGCCCCCGCAACCACCGCAGCCUUCGCAAAAAAAUGCAAGGACAACGGCGUAACAGUGACAUCCAGUCUCACCGCCGUGCUAGCAGGCGCUCUCUUCUCUGCUUUGCCAGAUACCGUGGAAGCGCUGACGGGUAUUAUACCGAUUAAUCUGCGACCGUGGCUGGAUCUGCCUGCGACGGAGGCGGAUGUGGCGAUGGGGAGUUUUAUCGAUGCGAUGAAAGUGCAGGUCAGGCGUGAGCAGUGUGGGGAAGGCGGUGGUGAUGGAGAAAGCACGAUGAGCGGACUGCGAGCUGCGCAAUUUACGUCGAACGAGAUCAAGAGGUAUCUCGCCAACGCCUCGCCAACCGGCGAAGCAUACACGUCCAUCGCGCCUUUCAAACUCAUUCCGGAUGUCGCUGCGGUGUUUACAUCGCUCCUUGGCACGACCCGCGAUGCUGCAUUCGAGAUAUCGAAUUUGGGCCGCUUUCACGAUCCCUCCGCUGAUUUGCUUCGGUGUGGCGACGAUGAUCCCGCGUACUGGCGGAUAGGUAGGAUGGUGUUUAGUCGUAGUGCCGUUGCGUUUGGCGCGGCGGUUACGACGAGUGUUGUUACGGGGGCGGAUGGGGGGUUGAGUGUGGGGUUUUGUUGGCAGGAUGGUGUUGUGGGGAGUAGCAUUGUUGAGCAGGUUGUGAAGGGGUGUAGGGAAGGGGUUGAGGGCUGUGGGGUUUGA